AUGGAUCCGAAGAGCAGGACGAUGCCAGCCAAGCUGACGGAGUCACUUUCUGCUCCAUCGCUGCGGUCACUGCCGCGCUUGCACAGCAGCAGCGAACAACCCAGCUCGGAGCGAGUGGUGAAGGCGGAAGAGUAUAUGUACCUCCAGGUCAAGCGGAGCCAUUGGCCUGAACUCAGCCCUGACUGCAGACUUUGGACACUUCGAGAUUUCGCUCUGCAGAAUUCCAACUGGGAGUCCUUCACAGACAAGGGCAAACUCCGGGUCAUCUAUGAGCUUGGCGCCUUGCUUUGCGAGUCCGGGCAUCGCCUGAAAGAGGACAUGAUGCUGAAAGCCCGGAAUGAGCUCCAGAGGGCGGUCACAGAUGCACGCCAGCUACCACGCGUUGUGCGCUCUGACAAACCGCGAGCCCUGGCGGUGGCCAGCCUGUGCGAAGAGAACCUCAACUUGCCGGGUGCCGCACGGCGGAUCAAGGAGGCCCUUGGGGAGAAGAAACGCGAGGAAUACGAUACGGGUCACAUCCAGAACUUGUCGAAGAAGUUCCGUUUCAGAGGGUACAUCGACAAGGUGCAAGACAGGUCUAUGACGGUCGCACAACUGCGAAAAGUCCUUAGGUAUUGUCACGAAUCCUGCCACCACUGGCAUGAGAUCACCGAUGAGGACCCGCCCUCUCCAAGGACGGGCAAUGCGCUCACAAUGGAAGUUCUCAACUUGUACCAUGUGGACUCCUGGCUGAUCUGGCCUGCGACAGAGGCAUAUCGAAGCUCCUUCGUUGAGCUUAUGGCAGACCAGGCCCAGCCGGCCAAUUGGUGUGUCAGCCACUGCUGGUCUCAGCCGCAUGCUUCCUUUGUGGAGUGCAUCGGGCAGCACGUGCAGACUAGGGGCCUUCGUCGCUGCACAAGCUUCUGGAUUUGGGCUUAUGCCCACAGGCACCACUGCCCAGAGCCAGAGCCAGCAGAGUCUGCCAUGUGCACCGCGAUGAACACAGCCGAGAGCAGGCUGCUCCUUGUCUUGCAGGACGUCACUGGAGAUGGACCGGCUGAGGGAGCCAAACGGCUCUGGUGCACGUUCGAGGUGCUGCAGUGUCUUGGCACAGCUGCUGGGCAUGGACACUCGAGAACACCCAUGGACAUUGCCGUAAUGGCGGCGGGCAAGGCCGAGAUCAUCACCUACAACCUCAUUGAUGAGGAGGAGGCAAUGGAAGGACGCCUGCCUGGAAGUGGCCUUGCAGCAAAGGCUGCACGAGAAAAGGAAUUCCCAAUCUCGGUGGUCGAAACUUAUCUCCGACACCAGAUUCAGUUGGCGCAGACCUCCCUGGACGAGGACCGCUGCCACUUGCUGAAGCAAAUGGUCAAGGUUGUCGGUUCGGAUGUGGAGGCAGUGAACACCAGGCUGAACGGCCUCUUUGCGCUUACCUUCAUACGAAAAGUCUUCGAAGAGAAGGAUCCCGGUCGUGCAGACUUGGCAUGCUUGAAGGAGCUCGUGGCAGAUGCGUUGGCGAAAGAUGUUGAGAACGUUGAAGUUGACGUCAGCCUGGGCGGAGGUGGCCUUACAUCUGUUGACGAGGAGCUUCUUCUUCUGGUGAAGAACUUGUCGCCGAGGCUUCAGAGACUAACGCUGGAUUUGAAAGGAAGUUGUAUCAAAAACAGCUGCCUCGCGGAGGUGGCAAAUUUCUUGUCGCCGGAAGUACAGGACAUUCUCCUUGACCUCCAAGGGUGUCGCACCGUGAACGACACCGGUGUAAAGAGGUUCAUGGACAACCUCGUGACGAACUGCGAUCGAUCAAAGCUGAGCGCCGUGUCAUGCCUGCUCAUUGGGACGAAGGUGGCCGAAGUGUGCCAAGAAGCCUGUGAGAUGCUGGAUCUGGAGCAGGUGCACAAGGUUCGUGGAGACCUGGCGUUGCAAGAGAGGAAGAACCACCUCAAGAGGCUCAUGAAGAAUGUCCAUCAGGGCAAGGCGCCAAUUGCAUCUCUCAGAAAGCUUGUGGACAGCAACGUCGAGGUGGCGGUACGUGGUGUUCUGGGCGAGCAGGGAGAGAUCGACGUUUCUCACGUCGAAUGGGACAUUCACAGUAAAGAGAUGGCGAUCCCGCUUGAUCAAGCCUUGCUCAAAUUCCUCCUGGAUGUUGGAGCUGCCAUGCAACUCAGGAAGCGACCGGAGGCACAGCCUUACUGUGUUCUGUGGCCGGUGCCAGAUCGAGAUCCGGAACAGCGGAACUACAAGGUCAAUCACCGCCACCAGGCCUUUAGCGACCUUUUCGCGGAGAAGCUGCCAGAGGUUCAGAAGAUGGGAAGGAAAGCCACAGCUGCGGCGUUGUUGGAGAUGCGCGGGGGCGACCUCAUGGAAGCUGCCAUUCCCAGCCCCGCAGCCUUUCACAAGCUGGCUUUCAUCUAUGCGGCAAGAGAGGGCAGCACAGAGGCUGUUGCAGCCUUGCUUCUCGCCACCGGUCAGCACUUGCUCACACAGGUGGACGAUGGUCCUUGGGAGGAGGAGGACUUGAUAAGCUGCAACGUCAAGCAGGAGGAUGCUCCCAGAGGAACAGCACUUCUAGGAGCGGCUCAGAAUGGGCAAAGCGAGGUGGUCCAGAAGUUGAUUGAUUGGGGAGCAGAUGUGAAUCAGCUGCAGAUGGAGACUGAGGCCACAGCCUUAACUUUGGCUGCGCAAAGAGGUUGGCUGGAGGUUGCAUCUGUACUUCUCGAAAGUGGUGCAGACAUGGAGGUGCGUGACGUCACCGGUCGAACACCAUUGAGCUGGGCGGCUGAAAAAGGGCAGUUGCAUAUUGCGGAGGAGCUUCUGGAGCGAAACGCACACGUGGACCUUCCGGACAUGCAAGGGAUGACUCCACUGAUGCAUGCCUCCAUUGUGGGCCAGGUUGCAGUUGCCCAGAAGCUCGUGGAGUUCAACGCAAACAUCCGCGCAGUUGACAAAGAAGGCAAGACGGCAGCAGCGCAUGCCACCAUCUACGACACGGACAAGAUGGGUCUGCAGCAGAAGAAGCAGAAGAUUCUGGACAUGUUCCAGAUUCGCGAGAAGGAGCUGGAGAUGCGUGAACGUGACCUACGAGAGCAGGAGAUGAGAGAGAAGGAAGCAGAGGAGAUGGCAUCAAUGGCAUCCAUGGCAUCGGCUGGCCUUGAUGACGAUUCCCCACUAGCCGCUUCGCAGUGA